AUGGAAGUGUGUGCCCGGCGAGGGGAGCGCCGCCAUUUGAAGGCAGGCAGUGCAACGGGUCCACCACCAGGUUUGGACACUGCCCUCGUGACAGGCACCACAGACCUUACGACCACAGCUAUGAGCGACCAUACUGACAAUAGAGGCCGAGAACAUAACCCACUCGGACGCUAUGUCCCCAGCCUCCCUCGGGAUCUGGGAGAAGCUCUCCUGGAGGUGCCAGCUUCCUCUCUUCCUCUUUCAGACAAGUGUGACGAGCCCCUUGCCUCCCCAUUGUCGCACACAGCCUUCACCAGCUCCUCUGUGUUCUCCAAUGGAUACGCCCCGGGAUACGCCAAGCUCAACAGGAGAGGAGGGGCCGGUGGAUGGUCACCUCUCGAUAGCGAUCAUUACCAGUGGCUACAGGUGGACUUGGGUUCGAGAAAGCAGGUGAGCGCCAUAGCAACGCAGGGCAGGUACAGCAGCUCCGAUUGGACGACGCGGUACAGGCUUCUCUACAGUGACACAGGGAGGAACUGGAAACCCUACCACCAAGAUGGGAACAUAUGGGCCUUUUCUGGGAAUUCCAACUCUGAGAGCUCUGUCCGGCACGAGUUGCAACAGGGAAUAGUGGCUCGCUUUCUGAGGCUAAUUCCCCUGGAUUGGAGCGAGGAGGGCAGGAUUGGACUACGCAUUGAAGUCUAUGGCUGCUCCUACUGGUCGGACGUGAUCAAUUUCGAUGGACAAGGUGUCAUCUCCUAUCGUUUUAAGGUGAAGAAGAUGAAGAUCAUUAAAGACGUAAUAGCUUUGAGAUUCAAGACUUCAGAAAGCGAGGGCGUCAUUCUGCACGGGGAGGGCCAGCAGGGAGACUACAUUACCCUGGAGCUCCGCAAGGCCAAACUUCUUCUGCAGAUAAAUUUAGGCAGUAAUCAGUAUGGCUCUAUUCUGGGACACACCUCAGUCACCACAGGCAGUCUGCUGGAUGACAAUCACUGGCACUCGGUGGUGAUCGAGCGCUAUCGGAGAAACGUCAACUUCACUCUGGACAGGCACACGCAGCACUUUCGGACCAAUGGGGAGUUUGAUCACCUCGAUUUGGAUUAUGAGUUGAGUUUCGGGGGGAUGCCGUACAGCGGGAAGCCGGUGGGAGGAGGCAGGAAGAACUUUAAAGGCUGCAUGGAGAGCAUCAACUACAACGGAGACAACAUCACUGACCUGGCCCGCAGGAAGAAGCUAGACACCUCCAGCUUUCGUAACCUGUCCUUCUCAUGUGUGGAGACCCAUACCUUCCCAGUCUUCUUCAAUGCCAGCAGUUUUCUGCAGCUGCCGGGACGAGCCAAUCACAACGUGUUAUCAGUGGCAUUCCAGUUUCGGACGUGGAACCCUGAUGGACUUCUGCUCUUCAGUAACCUAGACGACGGGAUAUUGGAGAUUUCACUCGAAGAGGGAAAAGUUAUAGUGCGGAUCAACGUGACAACAGCGACAAGAAACUACAAAGUGGACUUGUUAUCAGGUUCAGGGCUCAACGACGGUCAGUGGCACAGCAUUCGUCUAGUUGCCAAGGAGAACUUUGCCAUGUUGACCAUAAAUGGAGAGGAAGCUUCUGCGGUGCGCUCUUCUUCACCCCUCAGCAUCACCACAGGAGGGACCUAUCACCUGGGAGGGUAUUUCCUUCAGACCCUGUUCCCGCCCACACAGAGGUCCUUCCAGGGCUGUAUGCAGGCCAUCUUAGUGGACGACCAGCUGCCUGAUCUGCAUGCAGUGGAGAGAGGCACCGUGGGGGCUUUUGAGAACGUCAGUCUGGAUAUGUGCGCCAUCAUCGACAGGUGUAUGCCGAAUCACUGUGAGCACGGAGGCGGGUGCAGACAGACGUGGGACAGCUUCAGUUGUACCUGUGAUGGGACAGGGUACACCGGCGCCACCUGCCACACUUCUAUCUACGAGCCGUCGUGUGAAGCCUAUAAGCACCUGGGCAGGUCCUCUGAUACUUACUGGAUCGACCCUGACGGCAGCGGCCCCCUCAGUCCCUUCAAAGUGAACUGUAACAUGACAGAAGAAAAUGUGUGGACGACAGUCACGAACAGCCUGCCUCCCAGAACAUCUGUGACUGGCUCCAGUCGAGAGAAGCGCACAGUGUUACAGGUGAACUACAGCGCCACCAUAGACCAGAUGACAGCCAUCACCACCAGCGCAGAGUACUGUGAACAGAGCAUCGCCUACAGCUGCCGCAUGUCCAGACUGCUCAACACUCCAGACGGGACCCCCUACACAUGGUGGGUGGGCCGAGGCAGUGAGAAGCACUUCUACUGGGGCGGCUCUGGGCCUGGGAUCCAGAAAUGUGCCUGUGGGAUCGACAGGAACUGCACCGACCCCAAGUACGACUGCAACUGUGAUGCAGACCACAAGCAAUGGAGAGAAGACUCAGGCCUAUUGGUUUAUAAGGACCACCUGCCGGUCAGCCAGGUUGCUGUGGGUGACACAAACAGACAUGGAUCGGAGGCCAAGCUCACCGUGGGACCGCUACGAUGCCAGGGAGACACUGACUACUGGAAUGCAGCGUCGUUCACCACUCCAUCAUCCUACCUGCACUUUGCCACUUUCCAAGGCGAGACCAGCGCAGACAUCUCCUUCUAUUUCAAGACCAGCGCCCCCUAUGGAGUGUUUCUGGAAAACCUGGGCAAUACAGACUUCAUCCGACUGGAACUCAAAUCUCCUAAAGUGGUCUCCUUCUCUUUCGACGUCGGAAACGGACCCGUCGAGCUGAACGUCCACUCGGCCACGCCCCUCAACGACGACCAAUGGCAUCGCGUGGUCGCUGAGAGAAACGUGAAAGAAGCGGUGCUUCAGCUGGACCAGACGUACCGGGUUUCCCGCUCUGCCCCGACGCAGGGGCACACCAGGCUGGAGCUGUUCAGCCAACUCUACGUGGGGAAACCAGCCGCCAUCACCUGCCAAGACAGUGCCGCAGGGGGCCAGAGGGGCUUCCUGGGUUGCAUACGGGGGCUUAGAAUGAACGGGAUAACGCUGGACCUGGAGGACAGGGCAAAGGUCACGCCGGGGGUCAAACCGGGUUGCCAAGGACACUGCACCAGUUAUGGGAUGUACUGCCGCAACGGAGGGAAGUGUGUGGAGAAGUACAACGGGUACCUGUGCGACUGCUCCAAGACGGCCUACGAUGGGCCCUUCUGUACUAAAGACAUUGGUGGCUUCUUCGAGGCAGGCACUCUGGUGAGGUACAGCUUGGCCCCUGAGCCUGUGUUGACCAGCAGAGACUCCAGACUACAGUCCCACCAGCUCUGGCCUCAGGAGGUGAACUUGACCAGGGAGGAGGUCAGCCUGAGCUUCAGCACCUCCAACUCCCCCGCAGUUCUGCUCUACGUUAGUGCCAAGACUCACGACUACCUGGCCCUGCUGCUGAGGCACAAUGGCUCACUGCAGGUGCGCUACAGCCUGGGCGGUCUGAGGGAGCCAUUCGCCAUCGACGUGGACCAGCGCAACUUGGCCAACGGACAACCCCACAACAUCAACAUGUCCCGAGUGAAUAGAAGCAUUAGCAUACAGCUGGAUCAUUACCCUGCGGUCAGCUACACCCUCCCUGAUGCCUCUGACACGCAGCUCAACCUGGUCAAGACCCUCUUCCUCGGAAAAGUCUAUGAAACGGGCUACGUGGACCCAGCAGUGAUCGAGCACUACAACAGUCCUGGUUUUGUGGGCUGUUUGUCCAGAGUUCAGUUCAACACUAUUGCUCCUCUGAAGGCUGCUCUGAGAGCUGCUGCACAGUCUAAACACAGAUCCACAGACGCACAGAACGACCGGCCGCCCUCACCUGUAUCCCACCAGGGAAAACUGCUCCAGUCCAACUGUGGGGCCUCUCCUCUCACCAUCCCACCAAUGUCUGCAGCAACUGACCCCUGGCAUCUGGACAACACAGAUGCAGAGUUCCCCUUCAAUGAGGAGAGAGUGAUUCCUGAUGGAGUCAACAGAGAUUCGGCCAUUAUAGGAGGGAUCAUAGCAGUCGUGAUCUUCACCAUCCUGUGUACUCUGGUGUUUCUGAUCCGCUACAUGUUCCGUCAUAAAGGCACGUACCACACCAAUGAAGCCAAGGGCAGCGCCGAGUCUGCGGCAGAGUCUGCGGACACCGCCAUCAUCGGAGCGGACAACCCAGAGACCAUCGAUGAGUCAAAGAAAGAGUGGUUCAUAUAACAUCUGCUCACUAUCAAGACCUUUGUACCACAUGAGGUCCGCCAGACUGUCCCAAAGGCGGAUGAGAUUUUAAUUCAGUGGCCAAUCUGCGUUACAAGGAAAUGGCCACUUACUGAGACUCUCCCAGAGACAGCAGUGCUGUAUAAGAUUUCCUUUACGAUUAGUUUUGUUUUGAUUUUUUAUAUAUCCAGUAUUAGAGCAAGAAGAGGGGCCAGUGGAGCGCGACUGUGAGUCUGUACAUACUAAACUGGCUUGUCCUUCUUUGUAUUGUGCUUGGGAGUUUUCAGUACUUUGAAUACUGUACAUGACAAAUACUUACUCUUAACUGGGUGUGAUAGCACAGGUUUUAUCACAAAUCUCUGUUGCAAUUUGAUUAGAUUUUUUAAACAGAAAUCUUCUAUCUAAUGAUGUUCUAUUAUUGAACGUUUAAAACCAGAAUUGAGUUUGUCCAGUUGAGUUUUCGGUCCCUUAUUCAUGUCCAUGCAAUGCAACAGAUGUGCCACUUUGUAUUGUGGUAAUAUAGUUUAAUAUGAAUGCCAAAAGUCACUUGUAAAUAUAGUUUUAUUUUUUUUUUUUCAAAGCAUUUAUUCAGAGAUUUAGUUACAAAUCACUAUUAAGAUUUAUAUGAAGUCACGUGUCUAUUGUGUAUAAAUAUAUUUAUGUUGUGGCGAGACAUGAAAGGCAGGGGGCGCUCCGAAGGAUGUUCCAGAGUUUGAUGGGAAACCGUUGCUUUGUGAUUGUGUUGGAUUAGCUCAGCUUGGCAGCUUUUUUUUCCACUUUUCACUUUAGCACUGAGUGAAAGCAGAGCAUUUAUUCACUCAGCAAUCAUGUUUUAUCCAAAUACUUGAGUCUGUUUACCUGUCCAUGUCUGUACACCAAUGCAAAUCGAUUGAACUAAUGAACUAAUGAUUCAAUUCCAAGUAACGCAUAUACAAUAUAAAGUAGAUUAUGUACACACAGAGACAGUGAAGAUUUCCCAACUGAUAGCAUAAUGCAUAAAACUCAAAUUUACUUUCUUAAUUCUUUUAUUGUUGUCAGUACACAACAUCUGCCUUCUACAUUCAAAUUCAUAUGUCAACACUACAAUAAGGAAAUGCUCAGAAUAUCUCAGUGUGUCCAUUAAUCUAUGAAGUUACACUUGAAUUGAAUUACUAAAGUAAACUAACAAUGUAACUUUAUUCUUUAUUGUCCCUGUAGAGAAAUGUACCCAGUGAAUUAGACCCAUUUUUCUAUAAUACUGUUGUUGCUAGCAGUAUUACUAUUGGUGAUGUCUGUUGACUGCUCACACCCAUUAGAAUCAGUGUACCCAGGCAGACAGCAGGUAUGGAAGAAAUUGUAUUAAAUGAUGCACUGAACUCCAAUCAUUAAGUGAUUUAAGCAGCAUGAAAUACAGAGUGUCUGACAAAUGUAAUUGUUCAGGGGUCCGGGCGAGGUGAGGGGAUAAUUGGCUUUUUAUUAACUUACUGUGCCUUGAAGCCCUCACAUUAUUGAGCAAAUGACCUGCUGCAUGGAUCCACGUUGACGAGAGCUUUUAAAAUGUCUUAAUGAUGCUCUGUUUAAUCCUCUCAAACCAACUUUUCAAUUCCAAAAUUGAAAACAUUUCUUAUAUGCAAAAAGUGCAGUUUGAUUGUAAAUGGCCAGUCUAUGUGAAGUGUACAAAACUGUAUGAGGCUACGGAGGUGUCAAAGGGCAUAAGAAGGAAGUAUUUGUUAGUGUAAUAGUUUUGUCAUUAUCUUUAUACAAGUUGCCAACAGAAUGUGAUGUUGCUUUCUGUAUGUCUGCCUAUUGAUUUGUGCAUCGCUGUUGCAUCAUGGGUAGGUUUCGACAUGCGGACAGCUGGUGAGCUCAGCCUUCCUUCAGCCAGAUCCUCAAACAAGACUUCAUCUAUCCAUGAAGGCAAACUACUGAUUUUUACUUUAUUUACUAUGAUGUAUUAACCACACAACCCUUGAUGUGUGUUUCAGCAACCCACUUCCCAUAAUUUUGCUUUCAGUUUUGUUGAGUUCAAUAAAGAGUGUUUUA